AUGGGCCAGGCUCUUUGCUGCAUACAGGUAGAUCAAUCAAAUGUCGCCAUCAAAGAAAAAUUUGGCAAGUUCAGUGAAGUCCUGGAGCCCGGAUGCCACUGCAUGCCAUGGGUUCUGGGGAGUGAGGUGGCUGGGCAUAUCUCCCUGCGUGUACAACAGCUCGAUGUUCGCUGUGAAACAAAAACUAAGGUGCGCUUGAUCCUGUACCAGUGGAUGUCAUCAUUAUAUUUUCAUGAUUAAGGCAUUUUAUGUGCAAAUAAUUUUCUAGAGCUCUUAAGACAAUGUUUUAUGGACAUCGCCCGCCAGUUAAUUUUACAGUAGAGGAAUAUCAGAUUCAUUCCUAAAGGAACUUUAAACAUUAAAAAAUGACAGUACCAUUAAUCAUUAACACGUGCAAAUAGUUUAAUCAUAAUCCCCGUUGACUAGAAGAAAUCAGUUUCGGAAGCAGCUGGAUUUUGUUCCGGAAGGAAAAUCUAUUUCUAUUGAACAAGAAUAAAUAACACUUUCUUGUUAUGACUUGUGAACCUUGAAAUGAUUUCUUGGGGCUUGAUGAAGAGCGCCAUGUUAAGCAUGAUAUGGGUUUACUAAGGAGGCAGGUAUUAUUUUAUACACUCUGCCACAUGUACCACUCCUAGUUAUAUGAAGAGAACACCCACCCAACCACACUUGCAGAAGAAAUUUUUUAAAGCGGGUACCAUCUGUUCUAGUCAUCCGAAAUUUCGCACAUGUUUAUAACUGCUAGUUAGAACAUCGGCAGAAUACUUUUUAGUUAACAACAAGUAAAAAUAGCAAUGUACACGCUGUUUGAACAGUUCCGUUCGAUUUUACACUUACCCAUCUGAUGUUCUUCUAUGUUCUACUCUGGACGCUCAGGAUAAUGUGUUCGUCACCGUUGUUGCAUCAGUGCAAUAUCGUGCAAUUGGAGAGAAGGCCGUCGAUGCAUUUUACAAGCUGAGCGACACCAGCGAGCAGAUUCAGUCCUAUGUUUUUGAUGGUAAGCUCUCUGGCCGCUUAUAGUUCUUCGUUAGAUGAAUUCUUCCCAAUCUCUCAGAAACAAUCCUUGUUUUAUUUUUGCAUGGUUUUUGUUUGCUGAAUCUCAUCUUGCAUUCCUCACAGCACAAAAAAUCUUACCGCCAGAGGAACUAUAAAGCUUACCAUGCCUUACUCCUCUCUCUCUCUCUCUCUCUCUCUCUCUCUCUAAAAGUAAUCAGGGCAAGCGUGCCAAAACUGAACUUAGACGACGUCUUUGAGCAGAAGAACGGCGUAGCCAAAGCUGUCGAAGAAGAGCUUGAAAAGGUGUUAUAUCCCACUUACCCGGCGAUCACAUCUCUGGUUCAGUCCGCUCAGCUCACCAUGAAACGCACUAUCUCACUCACUGCGGCUGCUCAUCUGCUUUCUCGCAGUCCAUGUCAGGCUAUGGCUACGAGAUUGUCCAGACUCUCAUCGUGGAUAUCGAGCCAGACACUCAAGUCAAGAGGGCUAUGAACGAGAUAAAUGCAGGCAAGUCAACCGAACUUGCCCAUACUAACUGGUCACAUAUCAUUGCUUUCGGCAGAUUGCCUGAAAUUAAUCUCGUUCACAAGUCCUACCCGUUUUUCAUGAAGAUUACCAAUUUCUUUCCAUACAUAGCUUGCGCCAAACAUUUCUAUUCGUUCUUUGGCAUCAGAUUAACUUAUCAAAAGUCAACGUCUUCAGCCUCGAGGAUGAGGGUGGCGGCCAACGAGAAGGCGGAGGCGGAGAAGAUCCUGCAGAUCAAGAGAGCCGAGGGGGAGGCAGAAUCCAAGUACCUGGCCGGGCUGGGCGUGGCCCGGCAGCGGCAGGCCAUCGUGGACGGCCUCAGAGACAGCGUCCUCGCCUUCUCCUCCAGCGUCCCCGGCACCACCGCCAAGGACGUGAUGGACCUGGUCCUGGUCACGCAGUACUUCGACACCAUGAAAGAUGUCGGCGCAGCCACCAAGUCCUCCGCCGUCUUCAUCCCCCACGGCCCCGGAGCCGUCCACGACGUCGCCACCCAGAUCAGAGGCGGCCUCCUCCAACGUCCCCAAUGA